CCGCCGCCCACCUAAACACAAAGACACACGCUUUGCCCAGGGUUCGAUUCCCCACCCCACUUCCCGGCGACCAUUUUUCUUCGAUUCCCGUCGACGGUGUCCGCUCCACGCCCCUCGCGCAACCGUCAUCUCCAUCCUCCGCCCUCCGCUUCCUCUCCGCUGCGCCGCCGCCCUGUGGGUCGUCACCCGCCGCCACCACGCCCGGCCAACCCGCGCUCGCCGACGCCGUCACGCCGGCCCGCGCGCCCCAUCCUGCGCCUCCCCGUCGCCCCCUCUCUCGCGGUCGCGACCUCGCCCCGCUCAGGAGAGGCCCCGCUCCGGCAUCCCCACCGCGCCUCCUCACCGACUUCCCGCCGGCCCUCACUGCCGAUCUCCAGCUCCUCCUCCUUAAACUCCCCGACGAUCUGCUCCGUUCCGAGGCCCUCGCCGUCGGCCGCACGCUCGCCAUUGCCCCACGGACCCGCACGCCCCGUCGCCGCACUCCCGCUACCGUGCCAAAUCCCCUACUCGCACGUCAGGGGAUAUCGAAUCUGUGCCAUUCAUCAAAGAUUUCAUAUCAGUUGUCCUACAUACUGUCAGGUACUGGGAACUUCUUGCUUAUUGACCAUUUUUGCCAAAUAUAUGCGUUAGCACGAGCACACUUACUAGUUGGAAGGAAGGGGGCAAAAAGCACCAAAUCGAGAAGGCGAAUCGAGUUCUCCAUGGCUGCUCCGCGCGUGCCGCUCCCCCAGCUGCUGCUCCUCGUCGUCGCCGUGCUCGUUGCAGCCGCCCCCGUCCGGAGGGCGUCUGGGGCCGGGCAGUUCGACGUCCGCCGCCACCUCUCAACCGUCACGAGGUACGAUGUGGCCAGAGGGUCCACUAGUGUGGACUCUAUGCCACAAAUCCCAGAUGGGUGCCGUGUGAUCCACCUCAAUCUAGUGGCAAGACAUGGGACUCGUGCUCCUACCAAGAAGCGAAUCAAGGAGCUGGAUAGAUUGGCAAUUAGGCUGGAAGCUCUUAUGAAUGAGGCAGAACAAGGUCUCAAGAGUGAUUCUCUGAAGAAAGUUCCAUCCUGGAUAAAGGGCUGGGAGUCACGUUGGAAGGGUAGAACUAAAGGUGGUGAGCUGACUAGUGAAGGAGAAGAAGAGCUCUACAACUUAGCCACCAGAGUGAAGGAGAGGUUUCAGGACCUGUUUGAUGAUGAAUAUCACCCUGAUGUAUAUUCAAUAAGAGCAACUCAGGUUUCUCGAGCAUCAGCUAGUGCAGUAGCAUUUGGUUUGGGAUUGCUUUCUGGGAAGGGAAAGCUUGGACCAGGGAAGAACUGUGCCUUUUCUGUUCUGAGCGAGAGUCGUGCAAGUGAUAUUUGUCUGAGAUUCUUUGACAGCUGUGAAACAUACAAGGCAUACAGGAAAAGGAAGGAGCCUGAUGUCGAAAAGCAAAAGGAGCCGAUUCUAGAGCAUGUCACAGCUGCACUUGUCAAUCGUUACCACCUCAAUUUUACAACUCAGGAUGUCUCUUCCCUCUGGUUUCUUUGUAAGCAGGAAGCAUCUUUAUUGAAUAUAACCAAUCAAGCUUGUGGACUUUUUAAUGAAGCUGAGGUUUAUUUUCUAGAGUGGACAGAUGAUUUGGAGGGUUUUGUUCUAAAAGGCUAUGGUGAGUCAAUUAACUACCGUAUGGGACUGCCGUUGCUCAAUGAUGUUGUCCAGUCAAUGGAAGAAGCAAUUAUAGCUAAAGAAGAAAACCACCCUGAUGGUACGUAUGAAAAAGCAAGGCUCCGAUUUGCACAUGCAGAAACUGUUGUUCCUUUCAGCUGCCUUCUUGGUCUUUUUCUUGAAGGUCCAGAUUUUGAAAAGAUACAGCGGGAGGAAGCAUUGGACGUACCCCCUAUGCCACCACAGGGAAGAAACUGGAAGGGCAGUGUUGUAGCUCCUUUUGCUGGUAACAAUAUGCUGGUUUUAUAUCAAUGCCCAGGGAAAACUUCAGAUGCCUGCACUUCUGGGGGUCAAAAUAACUCGUACUUCGUCCAAGUUCUACACAACGAAGUCCCAGUUUCAAUGCCAGGGUGCGGCAACAAAUAUUUCUGUCCAUUCGAGGAGUUCAAGGAGAGGAUAGUCAAACCACACCUGAAGCAUGACUACAAUAUGAUAUGCAAGAUCAAUCCACCUGUGGCGAGCGAGGAGCCUGCUUCGUUCACCACCAAGGUGUCCAGUUUCUUCGUAGGAUUGUUCUCGCAGAAAGGGUACCGUGCCGUGAGCGCUGAAAGCGUCAAGACGGAGUUGUAAGCCAACGCAAGCCAUCUGAGAGCACGAGCAAGGAACGAGAUUAACCGACGCACUAACACGAGGUGUUUUUGUACGGCCGAGUCAAAACUCGAAAGUAUAGCCUUUCAAAAAAAGAAACUCGAAAGUGUACGAGGCGUCAGUUCUUCAGGGAAAGAUGCCUCUGACAAUGUAAAUUCAUCAGUUUCAGUUCGGACUCUUCUUUGGUGAAACACACGUCCUUGUUGCAUCGAUGCGUACCUCUCCGCUGUCGCAUCAUGUCACUAUAGCUACUACCUGUACGAAACUUGAUGGUGAAAUAUCCAAAGUCGUUCCUAAAC